AGGCUAGCUCGGCACUUACCGUAAGGGUUUCUCUCAGGGAGCCUCCUGCCGCUGGCACCAUGACAGUGAGGGGGGCUGUGCUGGUCCCAGAUCCAGUGUCGCCCACGACUGCGGCAGCCUCGCCCAGCGUCUCUGUGAUCCCUGAGGGCAGCCCCACUGCCAUGGAGCAGCCUGUGUUCCUGAUGACAACCGCCGCUCAGGCCAUCUCUGGCUUCUUCGUGUGGACGGCUCUGCUCAUCACAUGCCACCAGCCCAGGGCUUGGCUGGGCCGAGUGUGAUGUCAUGACAGCGGGGACGAGACACUCGGGGGCUGCUGGGACUGAGGACCGUGGUAGAACAGUUCUUGGCAUUUAUCUACAUGCACCUGCGCUGCUACAGCUGCCCCAACGAGCAGCGCUACAUCGUCCGCAUCCUCUUCAUCGUGCCCAUCUACGCCUUUGACUCCUGGCUCAGCCUCCUCUUCUUCACCAACGACCAGUACUACGUGUACUUCGGCACCGUCCGUGACUGCUACGAGGCUUUGGUCAUCUAUAACUUCCUGAGCCUGUGCUAUGAGUACCUCGGGGGAGAAAGUUCCAUCAUGUCGGAGAUCAGAGGAAAGCCCAUCGAGUCCAGCUGUGUGUAUGGCACAUGCUGCCUCUGGGGAAAGACAUAUUCCAUCGGAUUCCUGCGGUUCUGCAAACAGGCCACGCUGCAGUUCUGUGUGGUGAAGCCCCUCAUGGCGGUCAGCACUGUGGUCCUCCAGGCCUUUGGCAAGUACCAGGAUGGGGACUUUGAUGUCACCAGUGGCUACCUCUACGUGACCAUCAUCUACAACAUCUCCGUCAGCCUGGCCCUCUAUGCCCUCUUCCUCUUCUAUUUUGCUACACGGGAGCUGCUCAGCCCCUACAGCCCUGUCCUCAAGUUCUUCAUGGUCAAGUCCGUCAUCUUUCUCUCCUUUUGGCAAGGUAUGCUCCUGGCCAUCCUGGAGAAGUGUGGGGCAAUCCCCAAGAUCCACUCAGCCCGUGUGUCAGUGGGUGAGGGCACUGUGGCUGCUGGCUACCAGGACUUCAUCAUCUGUGUGGAGAUGUUCUUUGCAGCUCUAGCCCUGCGGCAUGCUUUCACCUACAAGGUUUAUGCUGACAAGAGACUGGAUGCUCAAGGCCGCUGCGCUCCCAUGAAGAGCAUCUCCAGCAGUCUCAAGGAGACCAUGAACCCACAUGACAUUGUGCAGGAUGCCAUCCACAACUUCUCACCUGCCUACCAGCAGUACACGCAGCAGUCCACCCUCGAGCCCGGGCCCACCUGGCGCGGUGGCGCCCACAGCCUCUCCCGCUCCCACAGCCUCAGUGGCGCCCGCGACAACGAGAAGACUCUUCUGCUCAGCUCUGACGACGAGUUCUAGGUGUGGGCUGCCAUUGGGGGAGGUGCCAGCGCCUUGGCUAUGGGCAGGCUGUGCCCACUUCACACCUCACAGCCAGGCAAGGAGGCGCUGGCACAGCUCUGAUGUUGCCCUUAUUUAUUGGACCAGAAACACUCACAUAUCGCUUCCAGAGGAGUGGCCAGAUGCUGUCUGCCCCAGGCAUAGUCCAGGCUCACAGGAAUAUUUCUACACAGCCAACCCUGCGUCGCCCAGGCAAGGGGCAGCAGACACUGGGAGCAGCACCCUCACCCCUGCUGCUUGUCCUGCAGUGAGCUAUACUGGGACCAGCCACGUCCAGGCCCGAUGCUUGUGUGUGGACUGGUGGCUGCAGCCUUCUGGGCCCCCUACUCUGCGAGACUCUUAGGCCAAGGUCGCUAGGCCCAGCCCACCCCAUACACCGUGCAAUACUCUGGCCUGGGCUCCUCCAACCUGCUCCCCACCCCUGUCCAUAUUUGUCCAGUGCUAGAUUCGCCUCACCCCGGGCAGGAGGGACUGUGGGUGCUCUGUAGCCCCUCUCUCCUGACCCAGGCAUGCCUGGCAUGCUGCAAGGAUCAGAGCCAGACACCAGGAGUCAUGGGUCCCACCUGCAAAGGGUACUCAGGUACCUCUGAGCCUUCUAUGGAAGCAGAGGCCCUGGGCUCUGGGUGUCCUUGGCGUGGCCACACCUCUGCCUGCCUCACACCCCUUCCUCCCGAGGACAGCAGCAGGCCACAGUGCCCUCUUAUGUGGGUUCCUGAUAGAGUUUGGGGCAGAGUCCUUGCUACCUGGCUGUUCCAGGGGUCAGGAGCUUCCAGCCCCACUCCCAGGCUGAGCUGUCAGAGACCCUGCUGAAUCCUGGUCUCUCCCAGGGACUUCUCCCUCCCAUUUCAGGGGUAAGGUCUGAGUCUCCGCGUUCAGACCAACUUCUGGAGGAAGACAGUUCAGGGGGAGGGUGGGAGGGAUGGCCAUGCAGCAGGGAGCCAGGAGGUGGGAGGGUGGUCCCAGACUCCUCCUAGACCCCCUAUCCACACAGGGCUUGGUAUUCUGCCUUGUCUGGCCCCCUGGCCCAUCUCUUCUGUGCCUUAGUCACAUGUGAAAGCUCCCCUCUCUAGCCCCAGUUUAUCCCAGAUACUCCCUGGCGGCAUCCUUGUCCAGCUGCUGGCGUUCGGAGGACCCUGCAGUGCUGGGCCAAGAGCCUUUAGACAGGCCUCAGGAGUGGCCAGGACCACAUCUCCUCCCCCCUCCCCAGACAGGCCGGGCUUACACUGGCCACUGACUUAGGAAAAGCCUGAUGAUGCAGUGCAUGUUCCCAUAGGCAAGGUGUCCUGGCAUUCAGAAGCCCAGAUAGGACUUGGGCUUGGGUUGCAGUGGCCUCUGAAAACUGGGAGGGUGAGGGACAGGGGUCCCUGCCUUGUGGCGUUCACCGUGGAAUUUUUCUUUUGGUUCCUCCUGUAAUCAACAGCCUCCACACUGGGGUCUGUGAGGAGGGGCAGGGCCCAGCAGCCCUCCUGGCCUCCUUCCCUCAACUGGAGCCUGUCUGGGGGGCCUGGCCAGUAAGCCCCAAGCUGCCCAGGAGGGCUGCCGGCAGACGCAGGCUGUCAGGAGCAGCGUGGCCCACCUGCCAUUCGCUUUCUUGACUCGGAUCUGGUUCUUGACUCGUGACUCCUUCCUCCUUCCAGGCCAAAGUGUGCUGCUGAUUCCUGCCCCCGUCUCUGCCUGCCCUGGUGUUGCCACUUGCAUGGUGGGUGGGGGUGGGGGCGGGUGAGCCCAGUGGCAGAGAACCAGCAGUCCAUGGGGACAGGAACAUGUGCCCGACCGCUCCAAACCCCUUCCUUCCUAGGAUGCAUAACCUACCUUGUCUUUUUUAAAAUUUUUUUCCAGGUAGAGUAGCUCUUUGUACAUAAAAAAUACUUGAAAAUUAAUUGUAUGAUGUAUGAGAAGACAGAGUCCCCUAGUUUUGUAUCGUUGUAUGACUGCCAGGAAUUCCACCAGAAAGCCGCUCUAUUUUGGUCUCUGUGACAUUUUAAAUGCGUGACAGAAGUGAGCAAAUAAAGUGAGGAAGAAAUAUAUAUAUGAGAUAAUAUAGAUUGUAUUGAAAUCUC